AUGAAUCCUUUGGGUGUGCUGCGCUACGCCGUCCAAUGGUUUCUCUACGCAGGACUUUACGGAUAUCAAGACUAUUACCCCUUGCUUACUGCCCUCCGACACGUCCGCUCACUCAAACCCUCAACCUCUGAAGACGGAACGACAGGAAUCCUCGGUCAAACGAAAAACACCUCAUUCUGGUCGACGAUAUAUCCUACCAAAGGCUUGGGAACAUGGCUUGUUGGCGCGGCUGCAGAAUCCGCUCUCGAAUUCUACCUCAAAAAGUCUCUCCCAGUUUUCCUCGUGAAGUGCAUCACAACAAUUAUCCUCGCACCUCUAAAGUUCCUCUGGAUUCGAUCGAUCAUGUCCGAUUAUCCUAUAUCUCUCAACUCAAACAUCAGACUACUUCGUUGCGUCACCGCUAAGCAAUGGCUGCACUUCAUCGGUACCAUGUUAGCUUGCGACAUUGUCGAUGAGAUACCAGACCUUGUCUGCAAGCUCGGCCUGCUCUUGUUGUUGGCAAAUGGUGUCGAUGUUGUUCAAGAAUGGGCCAAGGAGAAUAGCACGACUGUUGGAUUGAUUACCCUCGGUGUCUUUUUCACGCUACAGAUUAUUCAUGCGGUUAUCAGUGUUCCACAAACGGUGGCGGCCGUUGAAGCAGCUCCCGAUAUAGACGAGACAGGGGAGGGGAGGAGUACACGUGAACUCUUGGCGGAUAUCAAGACAACUUUGCGAAGCAUGAACUUUUCAUUGUGGUUCCGAUUCGCGGUCUAUCAUUGCAUUACGUUUGUCAUGGCUCGUAUUGCAACUGCUGUUGGGUCACUGGGCGACAUCGAAGUCAACAUCAGUUGGAAAGACCCUCUGUAG